UCUUUCCUUUUUGGAGGUCGAGAGAGACAGCUCGCGCGCUCGAAAGGCGGAGGUUCGUGCUCUCGAUCUCCCGUUGAUUCUUCUCAAUAAGAAGCCAUUCAUCGCUUAGCGUUGCGGUGUUCAUCGUUGUCUACAUCUCAUUUGCUUGAAUUCUAUGGCUUCCAUCGCUUUAUCUUCUUCUAUCGGCGCUUCCAAGCUUCGGAUUGGAUUCCCAACCCUAGGGCGUGCGGCGGCUCGUUUUGAAUCUGUUAGGUGUGAGGUGUCAAAGGCAUUCCAAGCUACUAAUGGGAGAAUAUGCACACCAUUAUCAAGGGACCUAGGAAUACCUAUGCUCCUAGAUAUGCACAAGGAACAGGGACUCCCUCAAAAGUCUGAUACGAAGUUGCGGGUCUUCUCCGGCACAGCAAAUCUUGCUUUGGCACAGGAGAUCGCCUGUUGCUUGGGCUUGGAACUUGGAAAGAUCAAUAUUAAACGCUUUGCUGAUGGGGAAGUUUAUGUACAACUGCAAGAAAGUGUACGGGGGUGUGAUGUGUUCCUUAUUCAGCCAACUUGUCCCCCAGUAAAUGAAAAUCUUUGUGAGCUCCUCAUAAUGAUAGAUGCUUGUAGGAGAGCAUCUGCACGGACUAUUACAGCCGUCAUUCCUUAUUUUGGAUAUGCUAGAGCAGAUCGAAAGACUCAAGGUCGUGAAUCGAUUGCUGCGAAACUUACUGCGAACUUAAUAACGAAAGCAGGUGCUGAUCGUGUCCUUGCAUGUGAUCUUCAUUCUGGACAGUCAAUGGGGUAUUUUGACAUUUUUGUGGAUCAUGUAUAUGGACAGCCUGUGAUUCUGGAUUACCUGGCCAGUAAGAAAAUACCUGCUGAAGACCUUGUAGUUGUUUCUCCUGACGUGGGAGGAGUUGCUCGAGCACGUGGUUUCGCCAAGAAGUUAUCUGAUGCACCCUUAGCCAUUGUUGAUAAAAGGCGCCAAGGACAUAAUGUAUCUGAGGUCAUGAACUUGAUUGGUGAUGUGAAAGGAAAGGUUGCUGUUAUGGUAGACGAUAUGAUUGAUACGGCAGGAACCAUCACCAGUGCAGCUGCUUUAUUGCAAGAAGAGGGAGCGAAAGCAGUUUACGCUUGCUGUACACAUGCAGUUUUCAGCCCUCCUGCAAUUGAAAGGCUAUCUGGAGGUUUAUUUCAGGAAGUGAUAAUCACAAACACAAUUCCAGUAGCAGAACAUAACUAUUUUCCUCAACUGACUGUGCUUUCAGUAGCUAACCUUCUUGCUGAGACUAUCUGGCGUGUUCACGGCGAUGGAUCCGUGAGUAGCAUUUUCCAGUAAUGCCAUGCCUGGACUAUUUGUUGUAUCUCACCAGUUUGCUUCCGGAGCUUUUUUUCAUCUGGACAGAAUUUUCAGAUCCUUGACUUUUAUAUUCCGGCAUUAUAUAUAUAUUUAUGACAAUUGAAGUUCGGUGAUUGAGUGACAACGGCAUAUUUAUGAAA